AUGAGCUGGGGCGACGCGCGCGCCCGCCCGCGCCUCGCCGCGCUCCUGCUGGUGGUGGCCCGCGCCGCGCGCCUGCUGCGGGAGGGCACCUGCAUCACGCGCCGCGAGCUCUUCUACGCCCACGCGCACGACCUGCGCGACCAGAGUGCGAUUGACGUGGCUGUGCUGGACGCCGCUGCCAUUCUGGAAGUUCCUCCCUGGGAACUGCGCAUUCUGCCCACGAGCAAGGGGCUGAUUGCUGGGCCAAUCGUUCUGCACAUGGCAUCCGGGGCAACGAUCGACUGCGAUGUUCCCGGU